AUGACGAUGUUGAUGUUGACGAUUAUGAUGACGAUGAUGCUGACGAUGAUGCAAGUUAACAUUUUCUUGGCAUCGACGUUGAAUAUCCUUUACCAACUUUAUGACAGGAAGCUUUAUUCGUUGAAGCGAGAAUGUGUUAAUGCUACUCAACCUGCCAAUGUAAAAGUGUUAAGCAAUCUUAGAGGAAUAGGUGACGUCAUACGGUACAACUGUGACGUAGGAUACACAGAGAUGCAUGGGAAACCUGUUGUCGCCAAAUGUCUUGAAAAUGGAAAAUGGAAUGCUACUGUACAGUGCUUAAAGGUAUGUGAUGAGCCUUUCAUCAGAAACGCCGCUAUAUCCAGUGGUGGAACAACUGAAGGAUCAGUCAGAACUGUGACGUGUAACGGCCAGACAACGAUUGAUGUCAACACUGUGACGUCAGACAUUGAGUGUAUGUCGGAUGGAUCCUGGAAUCCGGAUAUCACAUGUACCAAGUUUAACAGUGUAAUAUUUAAGGUUGUAGCUGGGAAUGGGAAAAGCGCACUUAAUGCCUGGAGAAACGGUACUGAAUCCACAAGUGAUAAGUCAUGCAGAAACAUUUCCAAUACGAAUUGCACCCACCAUUACAGAGAUCCAAGAAUUGACGAAUGGGAUACUUUAAAUGUUACAAAGGUUAGAUAUUCCAUUUAUAAAAACGCCACUGAAGUUGCUUGGGUAGACUUCAACGGAACCGGAAGCAGUAAAAUGGAUUGGUUCCAGAAAGAACGUGUAAUUGAUUCAAGCUAUACUGAUUUGACCCAAACGUCAAGAACUAAUUAUUUUGGAAUUGUUCCUGGUGUUUUAAAAAGACACUUCUAUGCCAGUGCUUUAUUUAACACUUGUGAAGGGGACAAACUUUGGUUUUGCACUAUUGACGGAGAACCGGUUUGCUGGUAUGACCAUGGAGCUAUACCAAAUAUUAUUUAUUCAACCCGCAAGACAAUGGUCACCUCAACACCAGGAGAUGUCAAAGAACUGGAUUUUGCUGAUGCCGCUACAGUGACAAUAAAUAACUGAAUUGUUGACCAAUUUCUGUUUGCUCACUCUUGCCUUUGUGAUGGGUGAUGAUAUGUCCGUCGUCCGUCGUUUUUCGAUACCUAAAAUUUAUUUAAACAACAUUUCUUCCUAAACUAUGAGGUUAACAUUGACUAAACAUAACAUGCAUCUAUCUUUACAUUCAUAAGUUUCAGUUUUUAUUUCCAGCACAUAGGCCAAGGAAGCAAUUCUACUUACAAAAUAAUGAUAUGCUUUUUUGAAAGACUGCGUGUCCAGUCCAAAACUUUGUCAUUUAUGACUGGAUUGUGAAAUAAAUUUGCAUUAUUUUGUAGAAAUUGAGUUAAUGUGUCGCACGCUAGACUAUGGUUUUUAGCUCAAAGAUCUAAAACUAAAUUUACUUGAUUUAAAGGCCAUUCGAAUGUGAUUACAUUUGGCAUUUAUCUUUCACUGAGUGCCCAAAUACGCAUGAGAAGUUAUACCGAUUAGUUUUGUAAAAUUAAUCUUUAAGGGAAAUAAUCCAAAUAAAUACAAUGUAAAACCUGACAUCAUUAAUUUCCUUAGGACCUCUUGUCGUGUGUUUGAAUUUAUGAAAUAAUGUCAAUAUAGAUUUAAGUUCUAGGUGUGUUGACGAUGUUAAUUAUAUAUAUUAAGUAUAAUAGAAGUGUCAUGACAAUAAUUGUAGAUAAACAUUUCAUUAAUUCAAAAUGCAUUGGUGUGUAUGUGUAAGUGUUGGUGUGUGUGUGCGUGUGUGCAUGCAUGCGUGUGUGUCCAGUCAACAAUCCUAACAAUCUAGGAUGGAAUUUUACGUACCUUUGUAAAAUGUUUUGUAUUAAUUAAGUAAACGCGAAAUACAUAAGAUUAAUAGUUCAAAAGUUAGCAUAUGAUUGUGGUAUGUGCUUUAAUGAUUUAUUCAUAUGUAUAAUUCGAAAUAUUUAUAGUGUUGUGAUGGGUGGUUUUGUGUGGAUGUUUUGAAAUAACCGAACGUUAUAGCAUGUAUUUUGUAUAACAUAGCUAGUUCUUAUUAUGGCUGCAAAAUGUAUUGUUUAUAUUAGUCAUGAUUUGCUAUUUAUGAAUGUAUGUACGAGUAUAUGAAUAUUCAUUAAUUAUAUCAUAGUUUGGGGACCUUUCUGUUGAAAAUGUGACAUAGUUAAAUCGUAUACAUAUACGUGCACAGUGCGUUAACUGGAGUGCAUGUAUUAGUUAUCCACACUCCAGAGCAUGCCCAUUGAUUGGUUCAUUUUGUCCUGGGUUUACAUAUUGUAACGACAGAGAAAGGAAUAGCGAUGGAAAUAUCAUAUUCAGAUGCUCAUCCAUUGGUUACUUUUUUGUGGGGUUUCAUAUUGUGGUAUCAGGGAACGUGUUUUUUAUGUUUGACUAUGAUACAAAAAAGAAAGAACAUCAAAACACUCGACAAUCUGAUUUAUACUCUGGGAGCUACGCCCCCUCGUAAAAAUCAGAUAGACUCGUGUUUCGAUGUUUUUUCUAUUACAUCCCUUAAAAUGUAUUUAUUUAAAUUAAACCAAUUUAUUGAUGAACAUCUGUUAAGUUAGAUACUUGCCUGAAAGUAUUGAACUAAUGUUGAUAUAAUUUUUCGUUUGUUUUAAUGUUUUUGAUACUUCCUUUUUAUGAUUAUUGUUUUUAUUAUUGUUAUACAUAUAGUUCGUAAAGAAAAGCUUGAAGUACUAAUUUUGAAUGAGACUAAAAAAAGUGUUUGAGCACCAAACUACUUAUCGUACUCCGGUAUAUACAGAACAAGGCGCUUUAAUGAUUAAAUGCUUAAAUCUCGCAUUUUCAACCGCCGAAAUGCACAUAAAAUGUCUAAUUCAUCUCUUCACACCUAUAUAUAAAUAUAUAUAUGGUUUGGCCACGAGUUACUAAGUCGAUUUAGUUAUCUCAUGGCCACGACUUAGCUAUCUCGUGGCCACGACAUAGUAUCUCGUGACCACGACAUAAUAUCUCGUGGCCACGACUUAGCUAUCUCGUGGCCACGAUUUAGUAACUCGUGGCCACGACAUAGUAUCUCGUGGCCACGACUUUGUAACUCUUGGCCACGACAUAGUAACUCGUGGCCACGACAUAGUAUCUCGUGGCCACGACUAAGCUAUCUCGUGGCCACGACUUAGUAACUCGUGCGCACGACUUAGCUAUCUCGUGGCCACGACUUAGCUAUCUCGUGGCCACGACUUAGUAACUCGUGGUCACGACAUAGUAUCUCGUGGCCGCGACUUAGCUAUCUCGUGGCCACGACAUAGUAUCUCGUUGCCACGAGAUAAAUAAAAACACACUAAUGUCACCUUUGUGUCACCAUAGAAAUGUCCAUCAAACAUUGACAGAAGAAAUAUGUUUGUACUGUAAAAAUGAUAAGUAUUUUAAAGCAAAUCAUGAUCAUUCAGUUUAAUGUAGACUGAUUCUAAAGAUGUGGAGCCAAACUUUGAUAACAAGAAUGUAUGCAAUAAUCUUCCUUAAUAUGGAGAUUUCUAUAAUUCACGUUAGGCUAAUUUGAAUUUGAUAAAGAAAGGAACACGAUAGAUCAACGGUAUGAACCUUAUGGUGUCUCACAUUUAUUAUUAAAGACUUUGUUUGUAUCGUUAUAUUGUUGUCAUAGAAAUUGUGGCGUCCCUAUAGCAAAAAAAAUGAUACCUUUUAGAAAUCAAUAUAUCCGUUGAAAACAUGAAGAUGACCCCCACCUCAUUGAUUUAAGAUAAAGGUAAUGUACUUCAUAUUUUGCUACAAACCAUUUACAUGUAAUUUGUUUUGGUAUACCGAUAACAUAGCCUAAAGCUGGCAAUAAUAUUGUAUACAUGAAGACAUUAUGAUAACGUAUUGAAUUCAAAGCUUAUAUUAUCUUGUUAAACAAUGCUCUACAUCAAACCUUAUUUCAGUCUACAAUAUCUGCGUAAGCAAAAAAUCUUAUAAAAUGAAAAAAAACAAAAACAAAACAAAAAAAA